AUGAGUAGCGCUGCGUUUAGUGGGGCACGAGUAAAGUCUAAAUCAGUUCUCUUUCAAGAGGCGGCUUCUUUGUUGCCAGAGGGAAAUACUAUAGAUGAAGAUGAGGUGAUUCGUCUUGCGCAGAGAUAUUAUAUUUCUCCUGCCGUUGUAAAAGAAGCCAAAACUGUUUUUGAUCGUUACUAUGCACUAGAAUUAAAACUGCAAAUGGAACGUGGACGUAUGAUGAUGAUAGCCCGCUCAUCCGGGAAGUCUAGAACGUUAAUGGAUCCUUCUAUACUUGAGGGAUUAGGGGUGGGAAGUAGGACCAGUGGCUCUCCUGAUACUCUGAAUACUGAGGAUAAAUUAAUAGCUUCAGAGAAAGUCUCUCAAGCACCUGUAGAUAAUACAGGGAGUCCCAUAAACGUAAAUCUCUCCAGUUCAAUAGUUAAUAAAAGUCCCGUUAUUGGUGAUGAGGAAAAGCCAUCAACAACGACAACAACAGCAACAGCAUCACCAUCAUCACCACCAGAACAACUACAACAACAAGGAAAAGAAAAAGAACAGGAUGAAGAAGAAAAAAAGGAUGUAAGACUGGGAAUAGAGGGUUUACAACAAUUUUUUCUCGAUUUAGGUAUGGCCAUUUCCUCACUUGAAGUAGCUGACCUAGUACACACACUGAAUGAUGAUCCAAUAGAUUUUGUUAUGCAGCAACGUAAUAUUGAGGCAGCGGCUGCAGCUCAAGCAGCUGCAGAAACGGCCCAGAUGAAUUCAAGUGCAGGAAAGAAAGGGAAGUCGUCCCCUCGUUCGGCAACUAGCAAGAAAAAAGGAAAAGUCGAUGGGGAGGAAGGCAAUCCUAAUGAUUUACCAGAGGAUCCUGAUAAAAAGCUUAGACCGUCCCUUUUGCAUAAGAAGUCAUUAAGAGAUGGUGUUUCUUUCUCACUUUUCCUUUUUAUCUUAUCUAACAUGUUACUAGAGGAGGAAGACAAUCCAACAGCAAAAGACUCUGAGGUCUCUGAACUCUUCCAUACAUUGGAUGUAGAUAAGGAUGACACCAUUUCGUUAAAGGAUGUUCAGGCGACAGUUGAACGUUUGGUAAAUGAAGGUGUUUUGGCGAAUGACUCUGAUAUUUACCGCUUAUGUAAUAUGACAAGUGUUGAGCUUGAAAUGGCACUUAUGGAGUGUGAUGUGAAUGAUGACGGUUACGUUACAGUGGAAGAUUUGUGUAAUAUUUUACGUUCGUAA